AUGUCCAGUGGCGACGUGGGUUGUGUGGUGGGCCGUGCUGCCACCAGUGAGCCGUCCUCACCACCCAGGCCAGCUCAACCCUUGAGACCUCUCUCGGAACGUGCCCCUGGAGCACGAGUGUGUCCGUUGUACAUCGGCGCGACUGCGUGGCCCAGCUUGCACGAUGAAACCCGGGUGGAGGCCGCCUACAACCAGGAGUUUCCGCCCUUGGGGCCCAGCAAAAAGUCCAAGGGCGGCCUCACGCUCGAAGAGAUCGAGCGCAGGAGAAAGUUUGCAAAGAUGGUGAAACAAAUGCAGGAAGAAAAGGAGGCGAUAGGAAUUGCUCUCGCGAAAGCUGAGAAGAAAGCCCUUGCCCUCCAAGACCAGGUCUCCCAGAACUUGAAGCGGAUCGAAGUCCAGGAAGAGCAAAUUCCCGAAGAACUUCGAUGA